AUGUGCAGUACUAUGGAGACCCUCUACUCUGACUUAGACAGCUCAAGCUGUGACGUGUCCUAUACACAAACGGACGACGAAGACUCUCGCAGCAGCCUACAUGCGGGUUCUCCGUCAUCCUCUUUUGGCCAGCCGUCAUCUCCCAUCAGCAACAACCAGGAACCCUCCAGCCCCGAGCAGCAGCAGAAAAAGAGACGCAGGGGGCGCGUGAGGAGUGAAGCCACCGUGCAUGUGGUCAAGAAGAACAGACGCAUGAAGGCCAACGAUCGCGAAAGGAACAGGAUGCACAACCUCAACGAUGCUCUGGACACUCUUCGGAACGUCCUCCCUGCGUUUCCGGACGACACAAAACUUACAAAGAUCGAGACUCUGCGCUUCGCCCACAACUACAUCUGGGCGCUGUCGGAGACCAUCAGAAUUGCAGACCAGCGCCCCAAGUCCCAAGACGCUUCACUCCUGCUCCCUGGGCUUGUUCGUGUGUCUGAUUCCCCGAGCCCGGGCAGCGAUGCGUGUUCUUGGAUGUCAAGCGCGUCUUCCUCCUCAUCAUCCCCCUCGUACUGUACCUCAAAUCCCAGCAGUCCGGCAGCUUCGGAGGACUAUGGAUUUCUGCAGGCUGACAGUCUGUACAGCUUUCACAACUUUGUUCCAGGCAUCUAUUAA